AUCAGACAUCAGAUGUCCGUUCUUAGUAUUCUUAUCAUAGGCUAAGUUCUUGCCCUAUGGGCUAUGAUUCUUAAACAGUUAAACUAGAUACUUUGUAUUUUGUCAAUACGCAACAGUUUACAUAUUUUGUAUUAAAUUACAUCAAUAUAUACAACGUUGUGGGUUCACAGUACAACGUUAUUCGGCCAUUCGGWGUAUCAUCGAAAGAAAUGAUCAAAAAUGAUAAAAGAAAAUACUGAAGUUAUAAAACCACCUGAAAAAGUUGAUGACUUUUUGUUGUCACUGUUUAAGGCAUUGUACAGACAGAAAUCUAAAGAUGAUCGGAAAAUAGUGGAAAAAAAAGUGGUUGUACGGAGGUUGCCUCCAACUAUGACUGAAGAAAGAUUUCUGAAUGAAGUGUCUCCUCUGCCUGAAUACAAUUACAUGUAUUUUAUACCUGGUGAUACACAUGCAGCACCAUUCCAUCAUUCAAGGGUGUACAUAAAUUUUCUUAAAGAAGACGAUAUGUAUAGGUUUACCGACAAAUUUGAUGGCUACGUAUUUGUUGAUGACACUGGUGACGAAUACCCAGCUACUGUUGAACUAGCACCUUACCAGAGGAUACCAAAAAAGAAAUUAGAUAAAGAUGCAAAUUGGGGUAAGAUACACGAAAACCCAGUAUUCUUAGAGUUUAAACGUAAUUUUGAACAGAAGACUAUCGAUACCACAUUAAAAACUACUCAACACUUUUUUGAAUCAGCUGAAGAUAAAACUCAAGAACAGGACUUAAGUACACCAUUACUCGAAUAUUUAGCAAAGCAGAAUGAUAGGCAACGUGUGCGAGUAAAUCAAAAAGAUGAACGUCGUAAAAAAGUAUUUAUUAGAAAACAAGAAAAAGAAGAGGUUUGGAGAAAUAAAAAAGUUGAAAAAGAAAUUUUCAUUAAACCCAAACCAAUUACCAAAACCAGCAUAAUCAGUAGAAGAGUAAUUGAUGAAAAACCAAUGAAAGAUACUAGCCAAAAGUAUGCAGAUUUAAUUUUAAUUAAAAAUUUUUUUUUUCAUUGGGUUGCACGAAAUUUUUAUUCUAGACUUUGA